AUGUCAUCAGCUGCAGUGCUGGAGUCAGCGCGUGCUCGAAGAGUGGAAAGUGGAGGCACGCUCUGUCGCUGCUCGCCGAGAUGUGCGAGGCGAGGCUGGAGCCCGACGUCACCCAGAUCCUACAGUGCCGGAAUCAGCGCGUGCGAGAAAGGCGAACAAUGGCAGCAGGCGUUGUCUUUGCUCAGCGAGAUGUCCGAGCGGAAGGUAGAUCUGGAUGUCGUCAGCUGCAGUGCCUGCGUCAGCGCGUGCGAGAAGGGUGGGCAGUGGGAGCACGCGCUGAGGUUGCUCGUCGUGAUGUGCGAGGCGAGGCUGGAGCCCAACCUACAGUGCUGCGAUCAGCGCGUGCGAGAAAUCCGGGCAGUGGCAGCGGGCGUUAGCUUUGCUCCGCGAGAUGGCGAAGGGAAAGGUUGA